AUUAAAGAUCUCUAAGUGGCUUUUGGGUUUCUGUGUCACUCUCAAAAGAAGCUCUGGAAGUAUAUAAGACAUGUCAGAGGCGCCGAGAACAGAAGAAGCAUCCAGGAGCAUCUGAAACAAACUCUUGAAAUCUGCGGAUCACCAAGACAUUGAGAAGCAAAUAUCUUUCACUCUCUCAGCUGAAAUGAGUGGAGCCGCUGUGCCCGUGUGCCUAUUUUUUCUCCUGUCUGUAUGUUCAGCGUGUUACAUCUCUAACUGUCCAAUCGGUGGGAAGAGGUCCAUCAUGGAUGCACCGCUGCGCAAGUGCAUGUCCUGUGGCCCCGGAGACAGGGGCCGCUGCUUCGGCCCCAGUAUCUGCUGUGGGGAGGGCCUCGGCUGCCUGCUGGGCUCCCCAGAAACGGCUCACUGUGUGGAGGAGAACUACCUGCUCACCCCCUGCCAGGCCGGAGGGAGGCCGUGUGGAUCUGAGGGAGGACGCUGUGCCGUCUCAGGACUCUGCUGUGAUGCAGAAAGCUGCACCACAGACCAAUCCUGCCUCAUCGAGGAGGAAGGAGAUGAACAGACCAAUCAAUUCGAAGGCAGCGACCCCAGUGACAUCAUCCUCAGGCUCCUGCAUCUGGCCAGUCACUCUUCUCCUCAUCGAAUUCACCAAUGAGCUGCUCCUGACACUGAGGUCUCAUGGGAAACUCUUCAGUCGUAGAAGCAAAAGGGGACUCGUAGUUGUGGUUCAUAUGAUUGUACUCCUCUUUCAUCAUCACUCUGAUUUUGCUCUUUUCCCUGGAGUGCUUCUGUAGAGUGCCUUUGUCAAUAUAUUUUUAUGUAUGAAAAUAGGCAUGAGUCCUGACAGCGGUCAUCCAGAAAUCUGCAUGUUGAAAUAAAGUUUUGAGAGAGU